AUGCCUGCGCUUCGCAGGGCUAACAAGUAUCGGGUUGAAAACCCGCGACUCAAUACGUGGAAGUUUCCCACGGCAGCCAACUCGACGGCCGUACCAGUGUCUAUUAUCGAUACUCAGAGCGACCGCAGGGCGGUGCGGCAAAAUUCCAGUGCUGUGCAUGAUUAUUUUAUUCCACUCGAGCUUGCCGCUGCGGCUAAGAAAGUAGCCUCGUUGACACGGCACCCUUCAGCGGCAAACGACAAGUCGACCGCGACUGCAGAAACGCUGAAGAGCACAUACUGGCGGGAGACUAAUGACACGAACACCCCAGAGCCGUCUGACGCACCUGGCAGCGGCUCCGCUCCCGUAAAACGAGCCGCUGCCACCAAGUACUGGAUGGAAAGCAUGCUGAUGAACGGUGCUGCCCCGUAUGCUCAGCAAGGGUACACGGUGUUCCGCAACGUCAAAGAUUAUGGUGCUAAAGGUGACGGUAAGACUGAUGACACGGCCGCGAUCAACCGCGCUGUCACAGAUGGGGGUCGUUGCGGGCGAGAAUGCGGCUCCAGCACGGCCAAGCCAGCUGUGAUAUAUUUUCCGAGCGGCACCUACCUCGUCAGCUCCUCUAUAAUCCAGUACUACAAUACCCAGUUCAUAGGGAACCCUUCUCUCCGGCCCAUCAUUCUAGCUGCCUCCAGUUUCGUCGGGCUGGGCGUCAUAUCGACGAACGUAUACAUCGAGGGCGGUAAUGGCGCCGAGUGGUAUAUCCCGCAAAACAACUUUAUGCGGUCUAUUCGAAAUUUCGUCAUUGAUAUUACCAACACUGAUCCGCAAGCCUAUGUUUGUGGCAUCCACUGGCAGGUUGCGCAGGCGACAGACCUCCAGGACAUCGACUUUUACAUGAAGCCCGGCACGACCCAACAAGGCAUCUACAUGGAAAACGGGAGUGGAGGUUCGCUCUCGAAGCUUUACUUUACCGGCGGCAACAUCGGAGCAUAUCUCGGUAAUCAGCAAUUCACAAGUCGCUAUUUGAUCUCGUACAAGUGCCGUACUGCGAUCCAGAUCCACUGGGACUGGGCAUGGACCAUGCACAGCCUCACGAUCGUUGGCUCCGGACAAAGUUCUGACAAUACAGGCAUCACGGUGGUUGGAGGCGCGGGCGGACCAGGUAGUACCGGACAGGGAGUCGGCUCUCUCGUCUUAGUCGACUCGGUCCUUUCAGAUCUGGACGUGGGAAUCGCUACCACGCUAAAGAAGGAGAACUCAACGUCAUUUCUGGUCCAAAACACCAAGUUCAGCAACACAAAUGCAGCGCUCAAAGACGUCGCCCAGGGUUCUACUCUAAUCGCUGGGGGCUCAAGCGUUUACGUCAAGUCCUGGGGGUUCGGGAACACGGUUGCAGGCGAAUCUGGCUCAUCGACCUUUCAGAAUGGAAACGACAUACCCGCGCCUCUUCGCCCGAAGGGACUUACCGCCUCUGGGACGAACUCGAACAUCUACACGAGGUUCGCGCCUACUUACGAAGGUGUAGAAGCUCGAAAAUUCAUAAAUGUCAAGUCCAUCGGAGCAAAAGGCGACGGCUUGUCCGACGAUACGGCGGCAUUGAACCGAGCUCUCGAGGUAGCUGCCAACACGAGCAGCAUUCUGUUUAUUCCGUUUGGUGUCUAUAUGGUUUCGGACACGAUUCGGGUUCCUGUUGGGUGUCGGAUAGUUGGACAGGUCUGGCCUCAGAUCAUGGCCUACGGGUCAAACUUUGAGAACAUGCGCUUGCCAAAGCCGGUGCUUCAAGUGGGCGCGCCUGGCGACGCAGGCAUCGUCGAGAUCUCCGACAUUAGUAUCACGACUAGGGGGGCUACUGCGGGAGCUGUCCUGGUGCAGUGGAACGUCCAUGAGAUCUUCAAGGGUUCCGUGGCAAUGUGGAACUCGCCGGUACGCCUGGGAGGUUCUGUCGGCUCCAACCUCCAGGCCAAGAACUGUCCCAAGCUCUCCGGCACGGUAAACCCAAAAUGUAUUGCUGCGUCUCUUCUCAUCCAUCUGACGCCGACGUCGUCCGCGUACCUGGACAAUAUCUGGGCCUGGACUGCAGACCACGAUCUCGAUUCCACGGCACAGGAGCAGAUUGACGUCUAUUCCGGGCGAGGGAUCCUGGUCGAAAGUAAGAAGCCAACAUGGCUUUGGGGAACCGCGUCCGAACAUAACGUCCUCUACCAGUACCAGUUUUCAGGCGCGUCGCAGGUUUUCGUAAGCAUGAUGCAGACUGAGAGUCCUUACUUUCAACCCACGCCAAGAGCCCCAAAGCCCUUCACGCCAGGCGUCUUUCCGAAUGAUCCAACGUUUGAAGACUGCCCUGCCGACUCCAAUACCUGCCCCAUGGCCUGGGCUGCGCGCGUCCUGGACUCCACAGACAUUUUGGUGUACAGUGCAGGGCUCUACAGCUGGUUCUCAAGUUACUCACAAGACUGUGUGGCUCGAGAGAACUGCCAGGCCCGCGUUGUUAGAGUUGAGCAGAGCUCCCACAUCUGGCUGUACGGUCUUGCAACCAAGGCCACCCUGGAAAUGGUCAGUCCUCUCAACGCAUCGGCGACGAUUGCAGCGAAAAACCAGAAUGGGUUUCUGUCUUCCAUCCUGGCCUGGCUCGAGGGAUCAGAGAGGGUGAUUGGUAGAAGAUUCGACGGCUGGCCCAUCUUCAAGCAGGGUUCGUUGCGCCGCGCCGGGUUGUCUCCAAACUGCGAGGCGGCGCUGUACCAAACUGUCAAGUGCGACGAGACGGUGCGGCGGUUGAUGUAUUCUGCAUAUGUCGGCCUGGUUCAGAACUCGACUAGACUUUUGCUCAUGUGCGACUCGACGUGUAGCGAGUCUAUCAGGUACAUGCGAGGAAGCAUCGCCGAGGCCUGUCGCUCGACCCCCGACCUUGCCGAAGGGGUGCCGGUGCUUGGGUUCGUCGACAUGCUCUCUAGCCGUUGGAACGAGACGUGCUUCAAGGACACUACCACUGGAAAAUACUGCAACGAAAUCAUGGGCAACUUCAAACCCGUGGACCAAAUCUCGGACAUGCCCCGGGACGAGCUGUGCUCAUACUGCAACGUGAAACGAUUCAGCAUGAUGCAAAAUUCACCGUAUUCGGCCUACGAUAAUGCCACUGUGCGGUCGCAGUAUGAGACCAUCGCUCAAACCUGUGCCGUCAACGGCGCCGACUUCACACCACGCUCGGGCGGGCUAUCUCCGCAAGUUGAGGCGCCAGAGGCAGUCUGCGUGUCUGGCAAGACGUACAAGACGCGUCAAGGAGACACGUGCGACUCCAUUGCUCAAGCACAGUCCAUCUCGGCAGCAAGUCUGUUUUGGAUCAACCCCGCGCUGCCAGAAUGCGAGAAUAUAAGAGCAGGUCUUGACGUCUGCCUUCCCCUGGCGUGUGGCAAGACGCGCAUCGUUCAGGCCGACGAGACGUGCACAAACAUCUCCAUCAGCGCAGGGGUAGAAUACACGUCCCUCGUGUCCUGGAACGCGGGACUCACACAAAACUGCUCGAACCUCCAUGACGGGGGAUGGGGGCAUGUCCUGUGCAUCGCGCCACAGGGCGGCACGCCAACAUUGGAGGUGAACGGGACUGGCAGUAUCGAUCCCUGGCAGGGCGGCGACGGAUACGGCCUCAAACUCGCUCAACCGCCGAGCAACGCCCCCAUCGCGCAAGGCACGACCCGGAACUGCAGCGAGUGGUAUGUCAACGACGGCGGCCUCUCGUGUGCCGGGGUCUGCGUGCGCAACAGGAUAACAUACCAGUUGUUCCUUGAUGUCAACCCGUCCUUGGGCAACACCACUUGCGACCACGAUCUGGUCCUGGGUUCCGCAUACUGCGCGCGUCCGCUCUGGGGCUGGAACAGCACGUGGAGCCGCCACCAGCCGUCGACGACAACUGGCACGGCAACAAGCUCGACGUCGCCGACGCCGACCUUCGCAUGGACGACUUUCGGCGGCUCCUUCGAAACUUCUGGGCAGCGAGUAGUGGCGGCAACCCCAAGCGAUACAGAGGGCAAGGCCUUCGUCUCAACCAUGUACACCGAUUUCACGUUCGAAGCCAACAUAACCAUUCCCCAGGCUGGUACCGGAAACGCAGGGCUAAUCUUCCGCGCGUCUAAUCCGGGACCUGGCGUGGAUAACUACAGCGGAUACUAUAUCGGGUUCGGGACCGACGGCUUCCUCACCCUAGGUCGCGCGAACCGGGGCUGGACGCAUCUGACGAAUGCGCAGGUCUCGAUCCAAGCAGGCCGGGCAUAUCAACUCGUAGUGCAAGCGGCAGGGGCGUCGAUCGUCGUUUACCUAGACGACAAGAAGACGCCGAAGAUCAGCUGGCAGGAUGCGACUUACAGGAGUGGCAUGAACGGGGUCCGCGUGUAUCGCACGGGGGCGACCUUUGACGCCAUCAGGAUGUAUUACCUCUAG